GCCCCGCCGCUGCGCGCCCGGCGUGUGCGCCUGCCCUGCCCUGCCCUGCGCCGCGGCGGCGCCCGGAGCUCGCCUGAAGGAGCCCAGACGCCCAGCAGGCAAGAUCCUCCGUACUGCGCUGGCCGUUUCUGGUGCAGUCCGGGCUGCCCUCUGCUAUACGCAUCGCACGCCGGAGUAGCCCGCAGCGGGGACUGCGCUGUCUAAAUAAAAGGCAGCAACCUACUACAAGGGUAUCGUUUGUCUUCUGGCCUCAUCCUUGUUCUCCUUGGGUUUAGCCUGUCACUUCCCAGGGCUUGACUCUGUCCCUCGUUGGGGCAGCAGCAUCUCUCACCCGUGACUCUCCGAAGUGCUGGUGUGGCAGCUCCAAGACCCAGAGAAAGAGCUGUCAGGAUGCCAGAGCCAGCGAAGUCCACCUCUGCCCCCAAAAAGGGCUCCAAGAAAGCCGUGACGAAGACCCAGAAGAAGGGCGAUAAGAAGCGGCAUAAGAGCAGGAAAGAGAGCUACUCCAUCUACGUCUACAAGGUGCUGAAGCAGGUCCACCCCGACACCGGCAUCUCCUCCAAGGCAAUGGGCAUCAUGAACUCCUUCGUCAACGACAUCUUUGAGCGCAUCGCUGGAGAAGCCUCCCGCCUGGCCCAUUACAACAAGCGCUCCACCAUCACCUCGCGGGAGAUUCAGACGGCCGUGCGCCUGCUGCUCCCGGGAGAGCUGGCCAAGCACGCCGUCUCGGAGGGCACCAAGGCCGUCACCAAGUACACAAGCUCCAAGUAGCUGGACAUCACCUCUCCAAUGGGACCAUCAAGCACCGGACCCUCCGCGCAAGCACAGGUAGGCAGCCAUGGUCCGGAUAAACGUCACAGCUAUUAUCCACAGCAAUUUACAGCCUUGGGAUGGGCAUGAGAAGUUACCUGGUGGAAGAGGAGACGGUGAUCUGGAUGUCGGCUGAUUUUCAUUGUCUGUUCGGGACAUGCAGUGGGCAAGGCUGGUGGAGGAGACCCCUGCUUUCACAUCUCAUCCAAAAGACUGACCGACUGUAGUAUAUCCAAACUCUCCUCUGUGCUUAGCAAACAUGCAUGUUUGGCACUGGCGGGGGAGACUGGCAGCAGCAACACAGAGACACUGUCUCUAAAGUCUUCCUGUUUGGCUGCUUUCUCACAGUCAUCCAAGAUGGGCACCGAUGAGUCAGCUCUGGUAUCCUCUCCUUCGUACCCUGGAUCCGUCCUGGUGUACAGCAGCACAGCCCACCCUGUGCCGGCAGAAGUGGCAUCAACAGCUACCGGGCACAGGCUGUAGAAUAAAAUCCAUAUUGAUUCAACAGCUCUCUGUGCUUGACAGCCUGUUGUAAAGAGCAAGCCUGGCAGGCAGGCAGAUGCCUGGGAUGAUACGAAGCGCUGUUCCUCCUCAUCACUCCCCAUGGAUGAGCCAUCGAGUAGGCUGAGGGUGCUGGCGCUGGAGCUGUCUGCUGCCUCCCACCUUGCGCCAAGGCAGACAGAUGGACAAGGGGGGACGUUGGGGCUGGGUUGCAACCUUCCCCAGCUGCUGCUUUGCCUGCUUUAGGACUUGCUUUGGUGUGCAAGAUGUUGCUAAUUCUACUGCUUUUCAGAGACUUUUCCUGCCUCGACGCUGCCUGGGCGCUCCCUUCCACCAUAAGCGUGGGCGAGACGGGCUGGUGCCCAUGGGGGUCCCCUGUCCUGUGAGCGCUAGGGUGGUGCAGGACAAACAGCACGGAGGUGUCGGGUGGGGACUGACGUUUUGGGAAGGCAUCUGGAGUGAGAACAGAGGUGGUUAAUGCAGUCUGGGGGAGAGGCAGGCUCCCUGCAGAGAUCACUGUGGGCAGCUCACCUGGCCCUGCUUUCCCUGCUUUAUUCACUGGUUAGAAAGCAAAAGCAAAAACUGGGACUGGGUGGAUAUAUAGGGGCACUUGCCUGCAUCCCAGUGAUAUUUUAAAGAUUAAAUAAUUUUAAACUACUUCAGAUACUCCCCACAUCUUCUCAAAGUCCACAGUAAGGUGAGCAAUAAUAAAAUGCUGAUAAAAGCCAUAGAGAUUUGUGGAGGAAUGUCUUGGUUACAGGUUUAUCUUGGCCAAACUGCUGGAUAGCAGAAAAGCAUGUGUAGAACUGGUGUGAAGUUGAAGCUUCCUACUCAAAACACAAAAUUAGCCAACAUUUAAAAAAAAUAUCAAAAUCUCUGGUAGGCAGGAGUGCUCAGAUAAAAAAUAUUCAUGUCUAAAAUAACAACUGCUUUCUGCAGCUGAUUCUGUAAAUAAAAAGGGCAGCAAAGACACAGGAUCCAGAACUAAGUGCAGGUUCUCCCCAGACUGCAAGACCUUGCUUUUAAUUGAAAGGUAAAUUCAUACCCCGAAACACCAACCUUGCAGUACGUCUCUCACUUUCCUCUACAUUUAUCUCUAUCCUGUUUCUUUACACUUUGAGAGUGAUGGGGACCCUUGACAAAUUUAUGUUGCUUUUGGAGCUGUAGGACUCUGCAACUCCAGAAGAUUCAGUUAUUUCUUGUCUUUAUAACAGUGUUGCAGUCAUUGUCCAGUUGGUCUGAGGAAAGGACUGUGUAGAUCUGCUCAACGAAGAGCACCUCAGAAACCCAAGAGUAGCAUGGGGUCUCGUGGUCUCUGUGCAAGAGCGAAGGUCAAGUUGCUUAUGGGCUGCUCCCAUCCUCCUGAUUUGGGUUUGAAGCCCCAAAAAGGGGCUUUCCUCCCAUACUUUGCUUGGUGAUAGCACACGGCCAUGUUUCAUACCCUAAUGCCAGCAGGAAUCCUUAGCAAUAUCUUUCAGAAGGAGCAAAAGCCGGCUCCCCAGGUGUCAGCACCCACAACGAGCAGCUCCCAGCAGCAGUACCUGUACUCAGUAGCAUUGGUAACCUGAACCACUUGGCCAGGACACUUUGGAGGUGACAGCUUAGCACUUCUUUUUGUUUUCCAAUCAAAUAGUCAAAAUCAGAUACCAAAGAUGAAAAUGUACCUACAGUGGGCCUAGAGCCACUGUCCUUGGCCCCUCUCCCACCAGAAAUCAGACAGCGGAUGAUGCAGAAGGGAAAUACAGGGAGUGGAGGGCUGGCUGGCAGUGCUGGAGCUUUCUCCUCCCAUCCCUGGGAGCCGCAGGUCAGACUUCAUCCCCUUGGGGAGGCCUCCUGAAGGUAGGAAUUCAGAGUGGAAUAAAUCCACUGCAGUCCAAGCAGUGUGUGCGAGCCAGGACGCACACCUCCCGUGAUUACCCGGCACAGCCUCUAAAUCCUCACUCUUCCAAGCAGAGCAGAGUCCUGCUCCAGUCUCUGCAGGCUGCAGGAACUCAGGAAAAUAAAAUGAGGUGGUGUCCUUCCAGGGUCUCCUGGGCAGCUUGGGAAGCUGGGGACAAGGCUGGGCACUCGGACAAGAGCUGCUGGCCCCAUACACAUACUCACAGUACUGGUCUCAUUUUCUUCUGCCACUGUUGCCACUCUCCAUUUUUGGAGAUUGUUUCAGAGAGAGGAAAAACAGCAAUUUAAGGCUGUAAAAAUACUUGAAGGCUUAAAGAGGAUUUUUAUAUUGUCUAAAGCCAAGUGACUGAGACUGGUCACGACCAUCCGUUUAUAGUUUAGGCUGCCAUUUUGCACAUCAUUUGCUCUUCACUCUCCUUUUGUGUCUUUUCUUUACUUACCCCUGACAAUGUGGAGCACAGGAUUGAGGAACUGAUCCAGGUUA